AUGGUGGUUAAUGUCAUCAAAGGUGAGUCUCUAGUUCAUGCAUUAUUUAUCUUUGGAGACUCCAUUGUUGAUGUUGGAAAUAACAACUACUUAGCAACAACUGUUAAAGCAAACUUAUAUCCUUAUGGAAGAGACUUUGUGAAUCACUCUCCAACCGAAAGAUUUUCUAAUGGAAAAGUUGCUUCAGAUUAUGCAUUAUGUACUUCCAUUAAGCCAACAACUAGAAAACUACAAGAAUUACCAGAAAGAACUGGCGAAAAUAGCUGGACAAUCAAAUGCACUAUCAAUUAUAGAUGGUUCACUAUAUUUGUUGUUGCCGGGUCUGCUAAUUGCGCCUUAGGGAAGAAAAUAACAUUGUUUCUCGAUUAUGAUGAGACUCUUUCUCCGAUUGUUGACAAUCCAGACCGUACUUACAUGUCUGACAAAGUAUCCUAUAUUUUGGUAACCUUCAGCAAUAGAUGUUGCUACUAUGGCAUUCCUUUGGAUUUGAAACCUUCUGCGACAAAUGUUGUUGUUGCUAUUGUUUGA